GUGGCGGCGGCUGGGGAGAGAGAGGAGAGGAGAGGAGAGAGAGGGGAGGAGAGGUAGAGGAGGCGAGAGCUCGAUGGCGUCGUCGCUGGGGAGGCUCAAAUCCUCCAUCUUUGACAAGGAGGAGAGGAAGAUUGUGAUUUUGAAGGGGUAUUUCUGUGCUCCGUUAUGUGUUGGGGGUCAGUGCGAAUAGGGGAAGUGAUGAUGUCGAUGAACCCUAACUUUGUUGGUUGCAAUCUUUGCUUCGAGAUAGGAGGCAAUACCAAUCGCACAUUCGGGGGCUUAAUGCGUAUGAUCGACACAAGAAGUUCAUGAAGGAUUAUGUUCAGUUUUAUGGCCAUGACAAGAAUGUGGAUAAUCGUGCACCCAUCAAGACUGAUAAAGAUACACUGCGAGAAGGAUAUAGGUUCAUACUUUCUGAGGAAGACGAUGUGGAUUCUACUUGGGAGAAGAGGCUGGUCAAACGUUACUAUGACAAGCUUUUUAAAGAAUACUGCAUUGCUGAUAUGUCCCAGUACAAAAGAGGCAAGAUUGGAUUGAGAUGGAGAACUGAAAAGGAGGUGAUAUCUGGAAAAGGGCAGUUUCUCUGUGGCAACAGGAUUUGUGAUGAGAAAAAUGGACUUGGUAGUUAUGAGGUGAACUUUUCUUAUAUUGAAGCAGGGGAGCAGAAACAAGCACUAGUGAAACUGGUAGCUUGCCAGAGAUGUGCAGAAAAGCUUGCUUAUAAGAGGCAAAAGGAGAAGGAAAGAGAGAAGGAAAAAGAGAUUUCUCGUGAAAAGGAAAUGGAGUUAAAAGAAAGGGACAAGAGGAAAAGAGAACGUGAGGGAAGUGAAGAAACUGAAGAUACAUCGGAGGAUGAAUCAACUGAGAAAUAUAGUAGAAGAAAAAAAGAUCGCAAACGAUCAUCAAGAAAAUCGAGCAACAAUGAUGAAGGCUUCGAGGAGUUCCUUGAAGGCAUGUUCCCUUGAUCUGGCCUUUAUGUCAAAAUCAUCAUCAGAAGGGGAAGCGGCACCUGUUUAAUCUUCCAUGACAUGUUAAUACUGAACGUGAUUAAUUGUAACUUUGUAUAUGAUGGUGUAUUACUGCUAGUUGUUCCAUUUCUAGCCUCUAGGUCUCUUGUGAGUUCUGAGAUGUGAGAACUGCCAGGUGUUGUCUAACUAAUGAAUUUGUCACCACCUGCUCUUAAUCUGUGAUAGCUUGAAGCACCUUGAAUGUUAUUUAUAUGUGGAUAUUGUGUGUUAUAAAUAUGCAAAUAUCAGAGUAUUAACUAGUUUUUUUUUCUUAUGCAUGGUA